GUAGGUUACAUGAGCAUAAAACCUGCUCCAGGAAGAGAUCAAUAAAUAUAGACAGCUAGGUACAGCAGCAGUUAGCUGGCAUUCAUUUACUCUUUGAAUAGGUAAAACAGUAUUCACAAUCGACUAUUCACGGAACAUAGUAGUUUACUAGCUGUAGUAAAUUGAGUUAUUAUAAAGAACACCACAGAUAUCUGAAAAACACAGACCACAUCAAUUGCAGUAGAUCUACAAAGCCAGUCCCAUGCAGGAAUGUCUGGGUAUACUCUUCAAAGUUGCCCACCUGGGUAUCCCAAUUGCAAGUACAAACUAAACCUAACAAGGGUGCCGGAGGAGGUUUUGAAGAAAAUUGAAGAGUCUGCUGAAGUUCACCUCAAGCAGAAAGAUUAUAAAGAAGCUUUGUGGGAAUAUGAGCACUGUAUAUCGUAUAUUAGGAAUUACUUUCCAGCCUUCAGUGCACGACAUGCAAGAGCAACUAUCAAAUAUGCUACAAUAUUACUGAAAAUAUCAAGCUUUGUGUCAGACCGUCGCAGGGUACUGCACUGUCUAUAUAUGGCAAAAGAGUCUUGUGACGAUUGCAUUCAGUUGGGUGUAACUGACCACCUGGCCCAAGCCUACAAUUGCAAGGCAGAUUGCAUUGCGGAGGCCUUCGAGUUACAGAAAACCUUGUCUCGCAUAGACAACGAUGAUCUUCGUGAAGCCUACGACUGUUACAAAAAAAGCUUUGAAAUAGAAAAGACUGUUUCAACACUUUUCAAAAUAAUUAUAACGUGCAUCAAUUCUAAGUCUGAUGUAACAGAACUGAUGAAAUACCAACAAUUUCUAACAUCGGGUCACAAAGUGUUUCACCAAUUUGCCAAAACAAUAGCUACAUCAAAACAAGUAAAAAAUCGCCACAUGGAAUUUUUCUUUGUCAAAGAAAGAUUUUGCCUCAUAGUAACUGAAUUAAGUACUGAUUUGAGUGGAGAGGUUCUUGGCCGUAUACUGGAAACUUGCUGGAAGUUUAAAUUUCAACAAGCAGUACACAUGAUUUGGGAACAUGCGAAUGAUAAGACAAAAAUGGGUGUGGUUGAGCAUCUUGCAAAAAAUAAGAAAGAGCUAUCACCUAUUUUAUCAGCACUUGCAAUGACCAAAGAGCUUCUUGAACAACCAUGCAUUACACCACAUAUUCGAACAAGCUACUUGCUGGAUAGGAUUGAGGUCAAAGACAUUGGACCAUCGAUGGUUGCUAUACAAUCCGGACCAAUUAAAGAUCAAGAAAAAAACGUUUCAAAAUUGAUGGAUUGUAUUCUAACUUCUAAAGCUGACUGUGAUCUUAGAAAACAUUUGAAAUGUGGAAAAGUCACAGAUAUUAUACAGGUAUCCACACCACUAACCUGUCUAGUGGAGAAACUAAGCCUCAAAUGUUGUCAACGAAAGACCGACAAGAAUAAGGCUGUUAAAGCUUUAACAGAACUAAUUAAAGUUGGGGCUAACGUGGAAGGCCUCAAUAGAUAUUCCCAGGGAAACAAAACAUCACCAUUAAUAGUAGCCACACAUUUGGCUCUUAAAACUGGGAAUACAGAGAUAUUACACGCAGUUGUGGAGAGAAAAUCGUCUUCAUGGGUAACUGAAGAUGUGAAUGGUUUAACGCCACUCCAAAUUGCAGAGCAAUCUAGCUACGAAUGUAAGGAUGAUGUAAUCAAACUACUUAGAGCAGCAGGAUUUGAGACUCAAGAAGUACAUCCCUCUCCUAAGCCUGAGGCUUAUUGUACAGAUGAUGACCAUACAAAUAGUGUAGCACAGAGCACAAGUGAGCAACCCACAACAAUAUCAACAUCAAUAAGCCACGAAGCCAGUCAUAAUGUGCAGCUAACCAAACAAGGAAAUGAUAGUAAGCCAAAACGAAAGAAGAAGCCCCCCAAAGUUAUGGUAAACAUGACCAAAGAAGCUAGUGAUGAGCCAGAAACUAAACAGGUUUCAAAAAAAAAAGAGUGUUUCUCCAUACUUGAUUUACAAUUGAAGGUACGUCAUUUUUUAUCAAGCGAAAAUAGUAACUGUGCACUGGAAGAAUCGCAGAGAGUUCCUCAAGAAAUAGAACAAACAAGAUUAUCAACACAAAAGGUUUUCCCACAAGCAGAAACUGAAGGGGAUCAUAACAUACCUGGAGAUGAGCCUCAAGAAACUGAGGAUGAUACAUUUAAUUUUGAAAAUGAGCUAUGGGCAAUAGAAAUCCGAGAAAAUGUUGAUAAAUUUAUGCGAGAUAAAGCACAACCACACAAGAUUCGCCAACAACUUAUUAAAAAGCUACGCAAGCUAGCCAGUGGGGAUUGGAAUGAGAAAGUUCAUAAACCUAUAGUGAGUGAAAACGACAUAAAAAUAUUUGAAGCUAAGCUGACAAAAGCUGCUCGGAUUAUGUAUCAAAUUGACGUUAGGUUUUCUGAACGAUUAACAAAUAGAAUUCUCAAAAUUUCUUCAAGGGAGCCGAUACAUAUAUAUAUACAAACUAUCAUUGUGUGGGAUGUAGUUCUAAAGCAUGAGCAAAUUAAUCACACUGCUGAACGGAUAAAACAGGCCAUUAAAAAACUGACAGUCCCCACAGACCUAUUUCCAUUUCAGACAAAAGGCCUAGGGCAAGGCAUUGUAUAUCCCCAAAUGUAUGUCACUCCAGAACUUGAUGCAACUACUGAAAACAAAGUGAUUGAGCAAUUAGGACCAAACUUUGAGUCCAAAAGUAAAAUACAAGAAUACGAUGUCGGUGCAAAAAUGUAUUCUGUGACAAACGACCUCAUUCUUAGUUUUCUAGAUCAAGAGAAUGACAGAAAAGACUAUCCUAUUAAAGCAACAGAUGAGGAACAUGACAUCAUCAUGUUGCCUACCAAAGAACCAGUUAUUGUUCUCGGAAGAAGUGGGACGGGCAAGACAACAACAUGCCUAAACCGACUCUGGUUACACUUCAGAAACUACUGGAAAGAACCCGACAGGCUUAAUCAGCCCCUCAUUGUUAAAAAACAAUGCAAUAACGACCCGGUUUCCACACAAACCCCUACCACUACCACUUCCUGUGAUAGACUUUCUCAAGAAUUAGGAGCUUCUAUUUCUGUAGCUGAAGAAUCGGAUGGUGAUUUACUAUUUAGUGGAGAGUUGCCAUCUGAAAACACAGAGGAUGAGUUUGAACAUCUGCAUCAGAUGUUUAUAACUAAAAAUCCUGCCCUUUGUAUGAAAAUGAAGAAACGAUUUUAUGAUUUUGUAGCAGGAUACGAUUUCACAAAACUUCAUUUAGCAUAUGAAAAUGAAGCCUUGCCUGAAACUUUUUCCGAUAUUGAACACUUUCCAGUAUUCUUGACGUCCCGGCAGUUCUUUACUAUGCUUGACAGAUCCAUUGGUGAUGGAGAAAAUUAUCUAAAACCAGGUGUGGAGAGGAUAGAAAGUCUAGCCAAUCAAGCGGAUACGCACUCAUUGAAUCUCUUAUUUGAUGUUUCUGAUGAUGAUGAUACCGAUAAUGAAGAAGACGAUUCAAAUGAGCCUAGACAAAAACGAAAAAUCCAUGUUCGAAGAGAAGUAACAGCACAUGAAUUUAGUGGAGAUAUUUGGCCAAAAAUUGAAAAAAACUGGUCAGAAUCGAAGGUAGAUCCCAUUUUGAUUUGGACAGAAAUUCAGUCCUUUAUCGAAGGAUCGACACAAGCAUUAGAAACUGAGAAAGGCUUCCUGUCAGAGGAGGACUACAUCAAACUUGGUACCAAACAAGCAUCAAAUUUCCCGUUUAAAAGAGAAGAGGUAUACAAAUUAUUCCUGGAAUACAAACAAGAGAUAAAGCAUAGAAAUAUGUCACACCAAUUUGAUAACAGUGAGUUCGUUUGGCAGCUGAAUAAGCGUCUAGAGGCUAAAGGUCUUGACAUUAUCCCAUGGUCAAUACAUGAGCUUUACAUCGAUGAAGCACAAGAUUUUACUCAAGCAGAACUAUCUGUCAUUCUCAAAUGCUGCCGAGAUCCCAACAGAUCUUUUCUUGCUGGUGAUACAGCUCAAACGAUUAUAAAGGGGAUCUCAUUCAGAUUUGAAGAUCUCAAAUCAUUAUUCCAUGGCCUAAAAUUACCUGGUGUAAAAUGCAAAGCACCUAGUAUUAGAAAACUAAUAACAAAUCAUCGUUCUCACUCUGGAAUAACUAACCUAGCAAUUAGCCUAACUGAUCUCUUGAAGGAGAAUUUCCGAUAUUCUUUUGACUGGAAUAACAUUCCAAAUGAUCACUCCAAUAUCAGAGGUCCUAAACCACUUUUUAUCUGUUCAAAAUUUAAACUAGAAAACUUUUUGAUACACGGUCAGAAAGCAGGUGAUGUCUCUUCUAUUGAGUUUGGAGCUGACCAAGUAGUAAUUGCAAGAGACUCAAGUGAAGAAGGAAAAAAGACAAUGCCCGAAUAUCUUCAACAUGAGAUUGUUUUGAAUCCUCAAGAGUGCAAAGGACUCGAGUUUAAUGAUGUUCUUCUGUACAAUUUUUUCACGGAUACAGCUUCACAAAAUCAAGACCUGUGGAGAAUUCCAGCCAGCUAUUUUGUUGCACAUCCUGAAGUAGCUUCAAGAGAUGAAUUCGAAACUGAUGUGCAUCCUAUUCAAUUUGAUGAAACCUGCCACAAAUCAUUCUGUGCAGAGCUGAAGAUGCUUUACACGAUAGUAACAAGAGCUAAACGUUAUAUUUGGAUAUAUGAAGACUCGCUACUCGACAAAGUGCCAAUGUUUGAAUAUUGGUACAAGAGAGAUCUUAUUGAAAUAGCCACCACAGAAUCGACCAGACCAGACGAGCAUCAGACACACCUUUCCCUUGAAUCAUCUUCAGCUGAGGUUUGGAAGAAGCAAGGAGAUAUCUACACUGAGAAAAAGCUAUGGCAGCAAGCUAGAAAGUGCUACCAAAAAGCUGGAGAGGAGUCGUUAGAGAACAUUGCUCAUGCUCAUGCAUUAGAAGAGAGAGCCCUAAGAGCUCAGAAAACUGACACAUCACAAUUUAGAGAAGCAGCAGCCAUGCUUAUUGACUGCUGUGGACUCGUUCCAAGAAAAGACCUUAUACAAAAUGCUGCUAUUUGUCUUUACCGGGCAAAAAUGUACACUGAGUCUAUAAAGCUCUUUGAAAGAAUCCAAGAGUACACGCUUGCUCUACGAAUAUGUAAAGAGCACAAUAGCAAAGAUAUGGUCACAUUGGUGAGGCUGUACGAGAAGAGGGGUAGAUACAAAUCAUCAAUUAAAUUAUAUUUGGGGCGAGCGAAGUAUGAGGAGGCAUUAAAGCAAGCUCAUAUGUGCAUUGAAAAAGGACUCCUUGAGAAAAGUGUGUGCUAUAAAAUGCUGAAAGAAGUUGCCUACAAGCAAAUCAAGAAAGUUUUACAGUCAGAUGAUCCUAGUCGAGAAAAUCUAAUAAAGUUUGUUGAUUUUAUACCACAUGUUUCUGAACAAGUACAUUUUCUCAAACAAGCAAAACUUUACAAAAAGGCUUGCGAACUAUUGCAAAAACAUGAGAUGUAUCGAAGUGCAUACAGAAUUUGCAAAGCACAACACCUAUAUUCUGAGGGAAUUAACAUUGCAAAUGGCCUUGGUACUGACCAUGACUCUCAUAAGCAUUUAUUCAUACUGACCCAAGCAGAAUAUAUGUUAGCAAAUAAAAAGACAGAUUUAAGGGGACAAGUGAAAGAAGACUUAGAACAUUUUUUGGGGGCCCAUCGUCCAUCAACAUAUCAUAAAGCAAGAGCUUUUUUGCUAUUGUCAGCAAUACUUGAAAGUGAUGGUGAUGAUGAGCCAAACUGCUUAAAACACUGCAAUGAAACCCAUACCAUGUACAAGACCGUUGAAAAAAGCAAAGCCGGAGAAAUAGAAGCAUUCUACAUAUUGAACAAAGUACGAAAACACACCGUUGACCACGGAAAAGUGAUUGUAGCAACUAUUGAAGCAACUGAGCAAAUAUGCGCCCUCUUAGAGAAACCUGCAGCAGUGUUUACAACAGAAAUCAAUGACAUUGAACAUUUUUAUCGUCUAGAAAAGGAUGGAAAUGAGCUGUAUUGUGUAUCCAGAGAAAGUAGUUGUUUUUUAAAUUUUGACGGAACGGAAAUGGAUUCUGAUGGCAUGCUUCGAUUAAAUAAAAAAACAGUGCUAAAGCAAGUUCAACAGCAUUAUAAAGAAUACAUAGCAAAAUGGAAACAGUCUAUCCAAAAAGUUAAAAAUCCUUGGGAAACUAAAGUUAAACGUUCUUUCCCUUUUCAUUCUGAGUUGCUAGAGCCACCUUUCUAUCUACAAAAGGCUCACCAAAUGUUUCCACCUGGUCAAAUAAAGGAAUAUCUAAACAUGACUGACCUGGCUAUUCAACUUGGCCGAUCAAAUCCUUCUGUUUUUAAUCCAAAUGACAUUAUUGCACAGUUACAUAGGCUUUUAUCUCCAUUUUCUCAGAUUAGCCUUCUGUUUAAACAGGAAAACUACGUACACAUUGCUGAAUUGAGUUAUAUCAAGGUAGCAUUGAUGGACAGAGUUAGUAAAGAAAUUACAGCUAUGGCCACUGACAUGCAAACACCCAAUAUAGACAACUGGCUACAAUUGUGGAAAAUUAUUCAUGUAGUGGACAGAAAGAGAAUAAAUCAAUUAAAUUAUUCCAUUAAAAAGCAGGAAAAGAUGGUUAAUACAGUUUGGUCUGAGUUUGGAUACGAUCCUUCAAGAAACUCUCCUUUCACAUACACACACAGGAGAAGAGAGGAUACAUACCAAAGCAUUUUUGACUUGUGGGAUCAUUCAUGUAAGCUUUACAGAGGCAAAAGCAAAGCACUGGUUGCCACAAGAAUAUCCUUCACACGCUUUAUACAAGUCAUAGCCAGACGAAGAAGUUUGAACAAAACUUUUUCUUUAGAGAACCUUAUACACAUCACAACAAUUCAAUCUACAGCUCUACUUGCAAUGAUAUCAGCAUCAUUUUUCAAGUUCUCACAACCGAGAGUAAUCGUAGUACCUGAGAGCUUUGAGCUGAUGAUAAACAAUUUCGACUUAAUCAAUAGCAGCAGUACCAACACAGGAUUGCUUGAUGCAUGCUUGAACACAUCUAACCAAUUACCCGUACACACCGUAUUACGAAAAGCAAGUGAGCUUCUUAUUGGUGUCAUCGAUCUAUUAACUGGUACUUACAAUUAUAGAUACUUCCCACUAAAUGAAGCUGUUUAUAAAGGAACAGAUACUGAAGCUAUACACUGCUUGGUACUAACAUUAACAAUAUUUGGUAACCUAUUGCUAAACGGCCUGCUCUCAUCCGAAAAGGGUCAGUCAAUCUUUCAAAUUAUCAUUAAAGUACUUAAAACUUCUAAGAAUGGAACAGUAAGCCAACAAGCAUACUUAUCUUUGGUUUCAUGUACCAAUACAAAGGAUUUGUUUCAAAAGGUAGUACACCCAUUGCUGAGGGGUAUUGACCUGAACCUAAUGCUACUACAAACUGUAUCGAUUAUUGGAAAGCAACAAAUAAGAAUAAAGUCAUCCCUACCAUCACAAAUCCCAACGGUAGAAUUUAAAUGGAAAACACGUACACAAUCAGAUUCUGCACGAAGUGAAAGCAAACAGACUAGCCAAGAAGCAGGCACAUUACCAGAGUCUAUCCAUAACACUGAAAAUGAGGAAACCUAUCAACAACAUCAAGACCAAUCCAACGGAGAGGAUAGGGCGGUAGUAGACAGGACUAUUAGUUUAGAGCAAGAUGACUCUGAAGAUGAAGAUGUUCAAGAAGAACUAUCUGCUGCGGCACAAAUGGAGUACAAGCCAGAGCCAAAACUAAGCGAAGAGCUACAAAAAGAAAUAAGCCAAUGUAAACAUGGUAAUCGUUGCAUCAUAUGCGAUGAGCCUGUUGAAGACGAUAGAAAACAUUUUGAAGAAGCCAAGCACAAAUGCCAGAAAACAGAGUAUGACAAAUACACAAACGCUCUAAUCACAUAUAAUUUGACACAAAAGCACUUAGUCGAAGUUAUUGACAAAUGCCGAAACAGUAACUAUGAGCUCGAGAGGAUGACACUCAACGCUGAAGAGCUAAUCAGAUCAAACAAGGAGGAGAUAUCUCAAGUAGGCCAGGACUGUAGUUGGAAACAAAGAACAGAAAAAGUUAGCGAGCUACGAAAUGAAACACAAAAAGUUAUCGCAGACCUUGAUAAAAAGCAAUUUGAACAGCAGAAAGUAAACGAUGAAUUAUCUGAUGAAGACAGAAGCGAGGAAGAUGAGAAAAUCACAGAAGUACUUUCGAAAGUAAAGCUUACGUCAAAAAGAAGAACAAAAAGUCGAAAAAAUUAAUUAUUUGUAAUUAUAAUUAUGGUACCAAUGCACGCAGCUAGAUACAGUCAUAAGCUCAAAAGAGAUAACUAUACAGACGUAAUACCCAAUAGAUACACCUCAGUUUAUUUUUCCCCAAACCGGGCAUCAACUAGUUGCACAUAGCAUGCAGGACAAAUGUACUGACUCACCAUAUCCACUGAUAAUUUGAUUAUUCCUUCAUAGUUAGAGUAGGACCAUAGCUCAAGAAGAGUUUGUUUUGUGUUUUCGUUAACCUGUAAUUAUUAAUUAAAUUAGUUCUUUAUAUUCGAUUGAGUUUUAUUAUACCUCUGUUAGCAUAACUUGUUCAUCAUUGAU